AUGCACAGGGGCCAGGGGCCGCUGCUCCUUCUGCCGCUGCUGGCUGUCUGUUUGGGAGCUGAGGGCCGGAACCAGGAGGAGCGGCUGCUCGAGGACUUAAUGCACAACUACAACCCCCACCUGAGGCCCGCUGAGCGCGAUUCGGAUGUGGUCAACGUCAGCCUGAAGCUCACCCUCACCAACCUCAUCUCCCUGAAUGAGCGAGAGGAGGCCCUCACCACCAAUGUCUGGAUAGAGAUGCAGUGGUGUGACUACCGCCUGCGCUGGGACCCACAAGACUACGAAGGCCUGUGGGUGCUGAGGGUGCCGUCCACCAUGGUGUGGCAGCCGGACAUCGUGCUGGAGAACAACGUGGACGGCGUGUUCGAGGUGGCCCUCUACUGCAACGUGCUCGUGUCUCCUGACGGCUGCGUCUACUGGCUGCCGCCCGCCAUCUUCCGCUCCUCCUGCCCCGUCUCCGUCACCUACUUCCCCUUCGACUGGCAGAACUGCUCCCUCGUCUUCCAGUCCCAGACCUACAGCACCAAUGAGAUCAAUUUGCACCUGAGCCAGGAAGAUGGUCAGACCAUUGAGUGGAUUUUCAUUGACCCUGAGGCCUUCACAGAGAAUGGGGAGUGGGCCAUCCGGCACCGGCCGGCCAAGAUGCUGCUGGACGAGGUGGCAGUGCCGGCCGAGGAGGCGGGCCACCAGAAGGUGGUCUUCUACCUGCUCAUCCAGCGCAAGCCCCUAUUCUACGUCAUCAACAUCAUCGCGCCCUGCGUGCUCAUCUCUUCCGUUGCCAUCCUCAUCUACUUCCUUCCUGCCAAGGCCGGUGGCCAGAAGUGUACCGUUGCCAUCAACGUGCUCCUGGCCCAGACCGUCUUCCUCUUCCUCGUGGCCAAGAAGGUGCCCGAGACCUCCCAGGCGGUGCCCCUCAUCAGCAAGUACCUGACCUUCCUCCUGGUGGUGACCAUCCUCAUCGUCGUGAAUGCUGUGGUCGUGCUCAACGUGUCCUUGCGGUCCCCACACACGCAUUCCAUGGCCCACAGGGUCCGCAAGGUGUUCCUGCAGCUCCUGCCCCAGCUGUUGCGGAUGCAUGUUCGCCCGCUGGCCCCGGCAGCUGUGCAGGACGCCCGGCCCCGGCUACAGAACGGCCCCUCCUCGGGGUGGACAGUCACAGCGGGGGAGGAGGCGGCCCUCUGCCUGCCCCGCAGUGAACUCCUCUUCCGGCAGCGGCAGCGCAACGGGCUGGUGAGGGCAGCACUGGAGAAGCUAGAGAAAGGCCCGGAGCCAGGGCAGAGCCAGGAGUGGUGUGGCAGCCUGAAGCAGGCCGCCCCAGCCAUCCAGGCCUGCGUGGAAGCCUGCAACCUCAUUGCCCGCGCCCGGCGCCAGCAGAGCCACUUUGACAGUGGGAACGAGGAGUGGUUCCUGGUGGGCCGUGUGCUGGACCGUGUCUGCUUCCUGGCCAUGCUCUCACUCUUCGUCUGUGGCACCACUGGCAUCUUCCUCAUGGCCCACUACAACCAGGUGCCCGCCCUGCCGUUCCCUGGAGACCCCCGCUCCUACCUGCCCUCACCCCAUGAUUGAGCCAACCAACUGCGGCUGGCCACGCGGAGUCUUCUCAGCUGUUUUCUGCUGCUGCUGAGGUCA